AUGAUCCUUGAUCGAAAAUACAUUGGUAAUGAUGUGUAUGCAUCACUUGAUUUUAAAAUAUAUAAACUUGUGUUUGAACACAACUAUUCAGUUACAAAUACAAAUUGUUUCAACAAUGUUGAAGAAGCCAAAAAUAUAAGCGUGCAAAACAAGUUCUCGAUAUUAUACGAUCUUAAUAGUACAAAGUACUUAAUGAAAGAUAAUUUUCGAUAUUACAUUAUUGAAUAUCCGUUGUUACAACGUAUUAAUGCAUGGAAACAGACCGUAUCACCAACUGAAGAACUCGAACGCGCAGGUUUAUACGUUGCUACAGGAUUUACUCCUAUAAUCACUCAAGCCCCAAUGGAUGAUUGGGGAGGGCUCGUUCGAACCACACUUGGAGAAGAGAGAAAACGUGUUCCUGUUACUUAUCUAGAUGGGAUUCCAAAAAAUGGUGAUUGGUGGUAUAGUAUUGGAAUGCUUUGCAAUGCUCCGUCUAGUUAUCUGUCUCGUGGAAUACCAGCACUUCGUCCACUCAUGACUAACCAAGUUAGUCUUUGGAGUGCAAUAAGUGAAACCCAUACUCAAUUCAAUUUUAUUUUCAAUAAUAUGAAAUAUUCAUGUCAUCCUUCAUUUCAUAAUUCUCUGGCAUCUAAUAUUAUGACAUUAAUAUUUUUUUGUUCUUAA